AUGGAUAAAACCGACAAACAUCAUAUUCCUUCUCUGCUCUUGUUUUUCAUUUUUCAACAAGGAAGAAGAGCUGCAGUUAGUUGGGGAGGCGGUAGUACUUUUGGAAGCGGUGAACAAAAUAUCGAAGUUUGGAAACCAAUUAGACGUUUAGCUGGUCAUGAAUCAGAUGUAGCAGAUUUAUCUUGGUCACCUGAUAAUACAUAUUUGGCUUCCUGUGGAUUUGAUAGUACAGUUUAUAUAUGGAAUUGUCAAACUUCUGAGAGACUACAUAAACUGGAAGGUCAUAGUGCUUUUGUAAAAGGUGUUUCAUGGGAUCCUAUCGGUGAAUACUUGGCUACACAGUUAAGAUUUGGCGAACUAGUGAUUGGAAAUUGGUCACCAGAAGGUUCUCAUCUAGCAAUUCCUAAUGCUUGUCAGGGGUCUGUGCCUGUUGCAAUAGCUCUCCGUAGAGAUGAAUGGAAAAUCGAUGUUUCAAUGAUUGGCCACGAAUCUCCAACAGAAGUUGUUUGUUUUAGUCCAAUUCUUUAUCAUAUUCGAGAUCAAGAUCGUGGAACCAUUGUUGGUGGUGUUUGUGCAAUUGGAAGUCAAGAUCAUGGUGUAUCCAUUUGGGCAACAUCUUCUUCUCACCCAUUAUUAGUCUUUAAACAAUUAUUCACACAUUGUAUCUUAGAUUUAUCGUGGUCACCUGAUGGAAGAUUUCUUUUUGCUUGUUCAUAUGAUGGAACUGCCACAAUACUGGAAUUUAAAAAAAAUCAAUUUGGUGAACCAUUGAAACCUGAAGAACAAGAAAGAAUUUUAUCGAAACAUGGUUACAAACCAAAAGAACCAGUAAUUAUUGAAAAUACUACUCAACUUGCUAUGGAAGAAGAGAAUGCAAUAUCAAAAAAAAUAAUUUCCUCUUCUAGAAUAGCAGCUUUAAUGGGUGGUGAUCAAAUCUUAUCACAAUCUACUCUAUCGUCACAAACAUCGCAUAUCGGAAAUACUACUUCUGCUACGCCAGCACCAGGUGUUACAAACCCUACUAGUACCAAUAGUGCUCCUAAUUUAACACAAAAUUUACAACAACAAAGACAAAGAGCAACCCAAGGUGGCGGCGGUGGUGGUGGACAAGGAGGAGGGAAUAUGGAUGAUUUGAAUUUUUUGAGAAAUCAACCACAUUUUCGAAAUUUAAGACAAUUUGUUCAACAAAAUCCAAGUUUAUUGCAACCAUUACUCCAACAGAUUGGUGCUCAAAAUCCUGAAUUAUUGCAGCUUAUAAAUUCGAAUCAAGCUACAUUUAUGAGACUUUUACAAGAACCGGAUGAAGGUGGUGAGGGCAAUCUUCCACCACCACAAUAUGUUUCUGUGACACAGGAAGAAAAAGAAGCAAUUGACAGGUUGGAAGCUUUAGGAUUUGAUAGAGCACUUGCAAUUGAAGCGUAUCUUGCUUGUGACAAAAAUGAAGAAAUGGCAGCAAAUUAUCUUUUUGAUCAUAUGAAUGAUGAAGAAAAGAAAAAGUAA